ACGCACGUCCUUACGCCGGCUCCACACUGCUCUCGCGAGUCUUGGGAAGGAUCCGUUGGGAAGAUGGCGGCGGCCGCGGGCACCCUUCAACUUUUGCCGCCGGCGGCUUCGGACUGAGCCUCCCGGGGGCGGGGGGCGGAGCGGGCGGCCCCGGAGCCCAGCGCCCCGGGAAGCCUGAGGCAGCUCAGCCCCGCCACUGGUGGGUGAGGAAGGGUGUCUCCCGUUGUGUGGCGGGCGAAGGCCUUCCCUCCCCGCCUCCGGGAUGAAGGCUCAGGGGGAGGCAGAAGAGGCUGAAAAAAUGACUAAGAUGAGUUCCCUUUUGGAAAGACUCCAUGCAAAAUUUAAUCAAAACAGACCUUGGAGUGAAACCUUUAAGCUCAUUCGUCAAGUUACGGAAAAGCGGGUUGUGAUGAGUACUGGUGGGCACCAGUAUUUGGUUAGCUGUUUGGAGACCUUGCAGAAAGCACUCAAAGUGACAUCUUUGCCAGCAAUGACUGACCGUUUGGAGUCUAUAGCAAGACAAAAUGCACUGGGCUCUCAUCUUAGUGCCAAUGGUACCGAAUGUUACAUCACAUCAGAUAUGUUCUAUGUGGAAGUGCAGUUAGAUCCUACAGGGCAUCUUUCUGAUGUCAAAGUAGCUCAUCAUGGAGAGAAUCCUGUGAGCUGUCCUGAGCUAGUGCAACAACUGAGGGAGAAAAAUUUUGAUGAAUUCUCCAAGCAUCUUAAAGGCCUUGUUAAUCUAUAUAAACUUCCAGGGGACAACAAAUUAAAGACUAAAAUGUACUUGGCUCUCCAAUCCCUAGAACAAGAUCUAUCCAAAAUGGCACUUAUGUACUGGAAAGCUACCAAUGCAAGUCCCCUAGACAAGAUACUUCAUGGCAGUGUUGGAUAUCUCACCCCAAGGAGUGGAGGUCACUUGAUGAAUUUGAAGUACUAUGCCUCUCCUUAUGAUCUAUUGGAAGAUAAGACAGCAACCCCAAUUCUUUUGCAUGAAAAUAAUGUUCCUCGGACUUUGGGCAUGAAUGCAUCAGUCACAAUCGAGGGAACUCCAUCUGCCAUGUACAAACUCCCCAUUGCACCAUUAAUUAUGGGAUCACAUCCUGUUGAUAACAAAUGGACCCCUUCCUUCUCCUCAAUCACUAGUGCCAACAGUGUUGAUUUACCUGCCUGUUUCUUCUUGAAGUUUCCCCGGCCAAUCCCAGUAUCUAGAGCAUUUGUCCAGAAACUACAGAAUUGUACAGGAAUUCCAUUGUUUGAUACCCAACCAAUUUAUGUGCCUCUCUAUGAAUUGAUCACUCAAUUUGAACUAUCAAAAGAUCCAGAUCCAGUACCUUUGAAUCACAACAUGCGCUUUUAUGCAGCUCUUCCAGGCCAGCAGCACUGCUAUUUCCUCAAUAAGGAUGCCCCUCUUCCAGACGGUCGAAGCCUCCAGGGAACCCUCAUUGAAAAAGUCACUUUUCAGCAUCCUGGCCGAGUCCCUCUCAUCCUCAACCUAAUCAGACACCAAGUGGCCUACAACACUCUUAUUGGAAGCUGUGUCAAGAGAACUAUUCUGAAAGAAGAUUCUCCUGGGAUCCUUCAGUUUGAGGUUUGUCCUCUUUCUGAUACCUGUUUCAGCGUGUCCUUUCAGCAUCCUGUGAAUGACUCCUUGGUGUGUGUGGUAAUGGAUGUACAGGAUUCAACACAUGUCAGUUGUAAACUCUACAAAGGAUUGUCGGAUGCUCUCAUCUGCACAGAUGAUUUCAUUGCCAAAGUUGUUCAGAGAUGUAUGUCUAUUCCUGUGACGAUGAGGGCUAUUCGGAGGAAAGCUGAAACCAUUCAGGCCGACACACCAGCCCUGUCCCUCAUUGCAGAAACAGUUGAAGACAUGGUGAAAAAGAACCUGCCCCCGGCUAGCAGCCCAGGGUAUGGCAUGACCACAGGCAGCAACCCAAUGAGUGGUACCACUACACCAACCAACACCUUUCCGGGGGGUCCCAUUACCACCUUGUUUAAUAUGAGCAUGAACAUGAAAGAGCGGCAUGAGUCGGUGGGCCAUGGGGAGGACUUCAGCAAGGUGUCUCAGAACCCAAUUCUUACCAGUUUGUUGCAAAUCACAGGGAACGUGGGGUCUUCCAUUGGCUCGAGUCCGACCCCUCCUCAUCACACGCCGCCUCCUGUAUCCUCGCCAGCCAGCAACACCAAGAACCACCCGAUGCUCAUGAACCUUCUUAAAGAUAAUCCUGCCCAGGAUUUCUCAACUCUUUAUGGAAGCAGUCCAUUAGAGAGGCAGAACUCCUCUUCUGGCUCACCUCGAAUGGAAAUGGGCUCAGGGGCCAAUAAGACGAAGAAGAAGAAGUCGUCAAGAGUACUGCCCGAAAAGCCCAAGCACCAGACCGAAGAUGACUUUCAGAGAGAGCUGUUUUCGAUGGACGUUGACUCACAGAACCCAGUCUUUGAUGUUAACAUGACUGCUGACACGCUGGACACUCCCCACAUCACUCCAGCACCUAGCCAGUGUAGCACUCCUCCCACGACUUACCCACAGCCAAUACCUCAUCCCCAGCCCAGUAUUCAGAGAAUGGUCCGACUGUCUAGUUCAGACAGCAUUGGUGCUGAUGUGACUGACAUUCUCUCAGACAUUGCAGAAGAGGCUUCCAAGCUCCCCAGUACCAGCGAUGAUUGUCCACCCAUUGAUACUCCUGUUAGAGACUCUUCAAGCUCUGCACAUUCCCAGAGUGCCCUCUUUGAUCCUGAUGUUUUCCAAAAUAACAAUAAUGAGAACCCAUAUACUGACCCUGCUGAUCUGAUUGCGGAUGCUACUGGAAGUCCCAACAGUGAUUCUCCUACUAAUCAUUUUUUUCCUGAUGGAGUAGAUUUCAAUCCUGACUUGCUGAAUAGCCAAAGCCAAAGCGGUUUUGGGGAAGAGUAUUUUGAUGAAAGCAGCCAGAGUGGCGAUAAUGAUGAUUUUAAAGGAUUUGCUUCACAGGCACUAAAUACUUUGGGAGUGCCAGUACUUGCGGGCGAUAGUGUAGAAAACAAGUUUAAAGGCAACAGCCAAGCUGACACAGUAGACUUCAGUAUUAUUGCAGUGGCCAGUAAGGCACUGGGGCCUGCUGACAUAAUGGAGCACCACAGUGGGAGCCAGAGUCCUUUAUUGAGUACAGGAGACUUGGGGAAGGAUAAGACUCAAAAACGGAUAAAGGAUGGCAAUGGCACUGGGUGUAGCAGUCUUUCAGGGCCAUCAUUAGACAGUAAACCAGGAAAACGUAGCCGAACACCUUCCAGUGAUGGCAAAAGCAAAGAUAAGCCUCCAAAGCGAAAAAAAGCGGACACAGAUGGGAAGUCUCCAUCUCACAGUUCUUCUAACAGGCCUUUUACUCCACCCGCUAGCACGGGUGGGUCCAAGUCACCUGGAAGUUCAGGAAGAUCUCAGACUCCUCCAGGUGUUGCCACACCACCCAUUCCUAAAAUCACCAUUCAGAUUCCUAAGGGGACUGUAAUGGUAGCCAAGCCCUCUUCACAUAGUCAGUACACCAGCAGUGGAUCUAUGUCUUCCUCAGGAAGUAAGAGCCACCAUGGCCAUUCUUCCUCAUCAUCUUCUUCCACUUCUACUUCAGGAAAAAUGAAAAGCAGUAAAUCAGAAGGUUCUUCAGGUUCCAAGAUGAGUAGCAGUAUGUAUUCUAGCCAAGGGUGUUCUGGAUCUAGCCAGUCAAAAAGUUCAUCCCAGUCUGUAGGGAAACCAGGUUCUUCUCCCAUUACCAAACAUGGGCUCAGUAGUAGCUCUGGGAGCAACAAGGUGAAACCUCAAGGAAAGCCAUCAUCACUCAUGAACCCCUCUUUGAGUAAACCAAACAUCUCCCCUUCCCAUUCAAGGCCAUCUGGAAGCUCUGACAAACUUGCUUCUCCAAUGAAACCUGUACCUGGAACUCCCCCAUCAUCUAAAGCCAAAUCUCCCAUCAGUUCAGGUUCUAGUGGCUCUCAUAUGUCUGGGACCAGUUCAGGCUCUGGCAUGAAGUCUUCAGGGUUGGGCUCUUCAGGCUCAUUGUCUCAAAAAACACCCCCAUCAUCCAAUUCUUGCACAGCCUCUUCCUCUUCCUUUUCGAGUGGCUCUUCUAUGUCUUCAUCUCAGAACCAGCAUGGUAGCUCCAAAGGGAAAUCUCCCAGUAGAAAUAAAAAGCCAUCUUUGACAGCAGUCAUAGAUAAAUUGAAGCAUGGAGUAGUUACUAGUGGCCCUGGAGGGGAAGACCCAAUGGAGGGUCAGAUGGGAGUGAGUGCCAAUUCCUCUAGCCAUCCUAUGUCCUCCAAACACAAUAUGUCAGGAGGGGAAUUCCAAGGAAAGCGAGAAAAGAGUGAUAAAGACAAAUCAAAGGUCUCCGUCUCUGGGGGUUCAGUUGACUCUUCUAAGAAAACUUCAGAAUCCAAAAAUGUGGGAAGUACAGGUGUGGCCAAGAUUAUCAUCAGCAAGCAUGAUGGGGGAUCCCCCAGCAUUAAAGCCAAAGUGACUCUGCAGAAACCUGGGGAAAGUAGUGGGGAAGGACUCAGGCCUCAAAUGGCCUCUUCCAAAAACUAUGGCUCUCCUCUGAUUAGUGGCUCCACUCCAAAGCAUGAACGUGGUUCACCUAGCCACAGUAAGUCACCAGCAUAUACCCCUCAGAAUCUGGAUAGUGAGAGUGAGUCAGGCUCCUCAAUAGCAGAAAAGUCCUAUCAGAACAGUCCCAGCUCAGAUGAUGGCAUCCGUCCACUUCCAGAGUAUAGCACAGAGAAACAUAAGAAGCACAAAAAGGAAAAGAAGAAAGUGAAAGAUAAAGAUCGGGACAGAGAACGGGACCGGGACAAAGACAGAGACAAGAAGAAAUCUCAUAGUAUCAAGUCAGAGAGCUGGUCUAAAUCACCUAUUUCUUCAGAUCAGUCCAUGUCCAUGACAAGUAAUACCAUCUUACAAGAUAGGCCCACGAUGCUUACCCCUGACUUCGUGAUUGGGGAUGAGGAAGAUGAGCUAAUGGAUGCAGCUCUUCUUGGCAAUUAAAAACCUUGUUCUCUAAAAGAAAAACAAAACUGCACCAAUUUCAAGCUCCAACUAAUGAAAAUUGUAGAAAAUCAUCCCAAGGGAUAAACCACAGGGGUCUGCUUUGCCCCAAACAAUCUUGGGUGACAUGGUUUUGAUUGUGCUUGGCAACAUUAGACCUAGAGAGACCCUAGUAUUGAUCUUUGACUAUGGGGUUUUAUUCUGGGCAGCCAAGAAUUGUGUUAUUUUGCCAGAGAAAGUAGAAAUUGCAGACUUGCUUUGGGUGGGGGGGAAGGGAUGUGGGAAGGGGAAAGGGCGGGAAAUAGUUAUGCUGAAAAUUUUCAUAUAUAUUUUUUUCUCCCUUUAUCCAUUUUUAGGCCAUGUUUUAAACUGUCAUUUUAGUGCAUGUGUGUUGGAAAGAUUGGGUAGGAAAUGAAAAAGCAAUACAUUCCUUGAUGCAUUUGCAUGAAGGCUGUUCACCCUUGUUCACUCGUCCAUUUGAGGCAGGCGUAAAUGAAAGAUCUUAGUUGUUUUUAGACACUAAAUAAUGCAGGGGACGUCUGCUUAUGAGAAGUAGUCUUAGGGACGGGAAGAUGAUUUUAGCUAUUUAUUUGUCAAUAAUUUUAAUCCCUUGUUUUUAUGCAGUAUUCUCUUCUAAUUCAAUGGAGUGUAGAGUUCAAAGAAUUUGAAAAGAAAAGAAUAAGACUUGAUAGUACAAAGUAUAGACCUAGAGUAGUUUGAUGCUGCAUUGGGUCUAGUUGGUCUGAUUAAGGCCCAUCUUUGAAGUUUUAAAAAACCUAGAAUGCUUUGAAUUUUAUACAAUAAUUAAUUUCACAGAGUUUUUCAUAGGGCUCAUUGACAUCCUAAAAAUUGCUAGGGGAUACUUUCCUUCUCCUGACUGGGUAGGUGUUGAUUUUAAUUUUUCUUUUUUUACCUUAAAAAAAAACCCUAGAAAAUCUGGGAUGGCUUUCAGAAUGUUAAUAUGAUUUUAAAUAAGACAAAAUUGUGGUUUAAUGUCACAGCUCCCUAGCCUAGUAGCAUUUAAAUCACAUCAGGGCUAACACUUCUUCUGUCUUUAAAUGUGCCAAAAGCCCUCAUUCCAAUAUUUUGCCUGCAGGAGAAGUGAUUGCCUUUCCUGAAAGCUGGGUUCUCCAUCUCCUUUCAUAUGAAGGAAUGAGGGCUCUGAUCUCUGGUCACUCCACUGUGUGCUCCCUAAACGAGAGAAGUUAUGAAUUUGCAGCCAUAAUUUCUCUUGAAUCAAUUUCAAGCUCACUAAAGUGAGGUGCCUGGAAUGAUAGGUGGGCAUGGAGACAUAUCAUAGCUACUAUGUAGCUACAAAAUUGGACCUUUUGGAGAAACAGGUCUUCACCUGACUUCUUAGGGACUACAAUAAUAGGCACUAUAGAAAGAAAGAAAUCCAGGAAAGCAGUCCAGGUGCAGCACAAGCUCUCAUAUUUGGAGGGUCCUCUUGGAAAAAAAAAAAAAAAAUCUGCGGCCUUACUUUGAUUCUGACACCUGCACUGUGCCAUCCUUGAUGAUUUCAUCCAUGAUCUGCAUCAAUAGGAUGGGGCCUUGUAUCCAGCACAACUCUUCUGGACUUAAAAAAAAAAAUGCACCAGGUUGUGCAUUGUUUUUAGUGUCAGAGUUGAGUGACCUUGACAAACAAAGAAUUUUUUCCAGCUCUGUUUCUGCAGGUUGAAGUUUGCAUAUGGUUGGAAAGUCAGCUUUGGCUUUUUCUCUGAAACUGUCUUGAGUUCUUCCUCCAGUGUUCUCCCUUUUUGGGUCAUCCAUAGGCCAGGACUGACUUUUCACUAACCCUGGUGUCCCUAGGUAAUAAGUUGUAGGAAAUGUUGCAAAGUAGAGCAAGGAAAGUUAUCUCUUAACACAUCAGUAUCAAAUUACUUGGGUGACACUAAAGAGAAAGAGGGUAAGGUGAUACCAGAGAGCUUUAUCUUGAUGCUGGUACAGUGGCAGCCUCUCAAGACAUAAAACCAGGUAGAACUUCUCACAGGUUGUCACUUGGUUUUGAUCCUCUUCCAUUGACUUCUGCAGCAAAAUAAGUUUUUAAAUUUUUUUUGAGUGUGGGAAAAACCUUAAACAAGGACAACAUUAAGUAAUACUGGAACACCAAGGGUUAAAUUUUCCCAAAUGGUUGUAACAUAUACCAAAACAAUUAAACUGGGAAGCUUUUUCUCUCUUUCUCUCCAACCCAGAUCAAAGAAUCCCGAGUUAGGAUGUAGAUGAAGGAUAAGUCCCAGCAUUUUCUGGAUGAGCACGUCCCACACAUUGACCCAGCAUCUGAACUUGCUUAACAGGAAGCCGGGGCUAACCUGCUGCACCCUACAUGACAACCAGGGUGCACUGCAUUUCUCCAUGGGGUGGAGAAGAGAUGAAAUAAACCAAGCUUGGAACUCCUCCCUCUUUCAAACAGCAAGGAAAUUGUCUAUAUGUGUUCUGUACUUUUCUUCAGCUGGUGUCUUGUGUAUGUUUAGUUUGAUCUGAUUCCCUUUAUUCCUCCUUAUCCCCUCACUGUCCUCUCCCCUCCCCACCCCCAAAAAAAGAACAAAACAGAUAACAAUCCUCAGUUUUUAUCAGGUUAGAUUUUAUUUUGUCUUUUGCUUUUCUUGUUAGAAAUGGUUAGUCAAAAGUAAAUAAGCUGCUUCAGUGCACAUGAGGA